CGCUUACGCUUUGCUUUCUUGCGUGCGAUUGGUCGAGAUUUGAAGUUCGUACGUAAGUCCAAGGUCCGCUCGUAGACAUGCUCGUAGACCCGCCCCCUUUUUGCCCUGGAAGGAACCAACAUGGAGACAGCAGGCAAAGUUAUUAAAUGUAAGGCUGCUGUUGCCUGGGAGGCUGGAAAGCCUCUUUCUAUCGAGGAGGUAGAAGUUGCUCCACCUAAGGCCCAUGAAGUUCGCAUCAAGCUCUUUGCUACAGGGGUGUGUCACACGGAUGCCUACACUCUGAGUGGCAGCGACCCCGAGGGGCUUUUCCCCGUCAUCCUGGGACACGAGGGGGCUGGAACAGUGGAGAGCGUUGGUGAGGGGGUCACUUCAUUCAAGCCAGGUGAUACAGUCAUCCCGUUGUACGUACCACAAUGUGGUGAAUGCAAGUUCUGCAAAAACCCCAAGACGAACCUCUGCCAAAAGAUCCGGGUCACCCAGGGUCAGGGUCUUCUUCCUGACAAGACUUCUCGAUUCACCUGCAAGGGAAAGCAGAUCUUUCACUUCAUGGGGACCAGCACCUUUUCCGAGUACACCGUAGUGGCGGACAUCUCUCUGGCCAAAGUUAACGAGAAGGCACCGAUGGAUAAAGUCUGCCUUCUUGGGUGUGGCAUUUCCACUGGUUAUGGAGCAGCUCUCAACACUGCCAAGGUGGAGCCCGGUUCGACGUGCGCCGUUUUUGGGCUUGGAGCCGUCGGCCUGGCCGCUAUUAUGGGCUGCAAAGUUGCCGGGGCCACCAGGAUCAUUGGGGUCGACAUCAACCCGGAGAAGUUUGAGAAAGCCAAGGACUUUGGAGCAACCGAGUUUGUGAACCCGAAGGACCACAGCAAGCCCAUCCAGGAGGUUCUGGUGGAAAUGACCGAUGGUGGCGUCGACUACUCAUUCGAGUGCAUUGGAAACGUCCAAAUCAUGAGAGCUGCUUUAGAGGCGUGCCACAAAGGCUGGGGUCAAAGUGUCAUCAUCGGCGUGGCCGGAGCCGGUCAGGAGAUCUCCACCAGGCCCUUCCAGCUGGUGACCGGCCGCGUUUGGAAAGGCACAGCCUUUGGAGGUUGGAAGAGUGUAGAGAGUGUUCCUAAACUGGUUGAGGAGUACUUGGAGAAGAAGCUGAAGGUGGACGAGUUCGUGACUCACACUCUGCCCUUCGAGAAAAUCAAUGAAGGGUUUGAGCUCAUGCAUGCCGGAAAGAGUAUCCGUACGGUGCUGACUUUCUGAAGUGCCUGAAACAACCACCAUGAAUCAAUCUGUCCAACCAUAGCAGCACUUCAGAGCCUUCGUCCCUGAAUAAAAUGUUUAGCAGCACUAUUCCUGUAGUUUGUUUUUCAAACGGUUAUUAAGAAGAAAAGAGAAAUCUAAAAACCGUCGAAAGCAGUGAGAGUUCAUUUCAAAUCUAUUUCCAUGAUGGAAAAAGACUGAAAUGUUUGAUUUUACAAAGUAAGCAAAAUUUGAUAUGUUCCAAAAAAGGUACAGAACCAUUUAAAUGAAUGACGAUAAAUAAAAAAACUAAUGGUUUCAAACAAGCACUUAGCUUAUUAGAAUAUAACUUCUCACCCUACUGACCACUCUUUGUAGUUGUGCCUGCCAUAAAAAUUAACUUCCAAAUGACUUUUGUCAUGUCGUGAGGAUGGUCUUACUCUUAACAUCUGUUACGUCCCAAGACGUUUUCUUUUUGUUUCCUUUUUGAGUAUGUGCUCCAGAAGUUUUCAGGUGCUGGAAUAUGAUUGGUCUGGUGUUCCAGUUUCAAGCAUGGAUUGCCUGCCAGAAUAACCGCCUACUACAAAAGGCCUCUCCAGGAAGAAGACUGAAGGAGACUCAUUUUACAUCUCCCACCUUUCCCAAAGCUAGAUGUGAAUGUUGGAGUUGGACUGCUAUUUUCUUUGACCCAUGUUUUCUCCUGGCUUAGUCGUGUUAAGGAGGUUAGUUAUUGUCUUUUGGUUUAUUUUAUUUUUGCAGGUAAGAUUAGGGUUUUCUUAAGUGGGUCUUGUUUUGGUUAUUAUUUUGCCCUUGGUCCACUCUGAAGCCAAUAAUAACUACCGGUAUGUUGUUUUCCAUCCAAUAAAUUUGUUAAUCUGC